AUGCAUCCAUCCAAUCCACGUCCCCCCCUCUUCCUCCCCCAAAAUCAUAAUCCCUCCCUUUCCCCCCUCCCCCCAUUCUCACUGCAUCCAUCCCUCAAUAUUCGUAUUCCCCCAGACCGAAGAAAAAAAAAAGCCCGCAUGUUCGUCCGCACGCGUGCCCAGAACGUGCAUUGUGUAUGCGAUCUAGAACCUCUCUCUUCUUCCUCUUCCUCUCUUUUCCCUCCCCCCCCCAUCCCCUUUUUCAAAUAAUGUAUGUAUGGCAUGGUCAUGUAAAUCUAGAAUCGAGCAACAAAGCUAUUUUUUUGAUU